AAGGAAUCACACCCGAAGUGUUAUGUGUGUUGCUUCCGGUGGCUUGGUUAGCUUGACGUUAGCUAGUUUGUAGGCAGGAGGAGGCUUCUGCUGCAUUCAGGGAACAAAAAUGGACAGUCAAGGGAGAAAAGUCGUGGUUUGUGACAAUGGAACCGGGUUUGUCAAGUGCGGCUAUGCGGGCUCCAACUUUCCCGAACACAUUUUCCCAGCGCUGGUUGGCCGGCCAAUCAUCCGCUCCACAGCUAAAGUUGGCAACAUUGAAAUCAAGGACCUGAUGGUGGGGGAUGAGGCCAGCGAGCUGCGCUCCAUGUUGGAGGUGAACUACCCCAUGGAGAACGGCAUCGUUAGGAACUGGGACGACAUGAAGCACCUGUGGGACUACACCUUCGGCCCUGAGAAACUCAACAUCAACUCGCGCAACUGCAAGAUCCUACUGACGGAGCCGCCCAUGAACCCCACCAAGAACAGAGAAAAGAUCAUAGAGGUGAUGUUUGAAACAUACCAGUUCACAGGAGUUUAUAUCGCCAUCCAGGCCGUCCUAACGCUCUACGCUCAAGGACUGCUGACCGGCGUGGUGGUCGACUCCGGCGACGGCGUCACUCACAUCUGUCCGGUGUACGAGGGCUUCUCCCUGCCCCACCUGACCCGACGUCUCGACAUCGCGGGGAGGGACAUAACACGCUACCUCAUCAAGCUGCUGCUGCUGCGAGGUUACGCCUUCAACCAUUCGGCGGACUUUGAGACGGUGAGGAUGAUGAAGGAGAAGCUUUGCUAUGUCGGUUACAACAUCGAGCAGGAGCAGAAGCUGUCGCUGGAGACAACAGUGCUGGUCGAGUCGUACACGCUCCCGGACGGCAGGGUGAUCAAGGUGGGAGGUGAGAGGUUCGAAGCCCCCGAGGCUCUGUUUCAACCUCACCUCAUCAACGUGGAGGGGGUGGGUGUGGCCGAGCUGCUCUUCAACACCAUCCAGGCCGCAGAUAUCGACACCAGGUCUGAGUUCUACAAGCACAUCGUCCUGUCCGGAGGCUCCACCAUGUAUCCCGGCCUGCCGUCCCGCCUGGAGCGCGAACUGAAGCAGCUGUACCUGGAGCGAGUGCUGAAGGGAGACGUCGACAAGCUAUCGAAAUUCAAGAUCAGGAUAGAGGACCCCCCUCGGCGUAAACACAUGGUGUUCCUGGGCGGCGCCGUGCUGGCCGACAUCAUGAAGGACAAGGACAACUUCUGGAUGACGCGGGAGGAGUACCAGGAGAAAGGGACACGAGUGCUGGAGAAGCUCGGAGUCACCGUCAGAUAAAACACAAACAAACAAACCCCCUCGCCAUCCAUCCACCCUGUCAGCUGAUAUCCAUGCAUCACUUACCUUGAUGUGUCUGGAUGGGCACACUGUGUCUUCGAUUCACGCUCAUUUUGAAAAGCAAAGAGGGAAGGAUAGAUGGAAGGAGGGAGGAAGGGAAAGAGGGGUGAAGGAUGUGGAGCUUUGGGGUAAGAAGUCUCAUGGCGAGGGCGGGGGAUUACCAGAGUUCUUGAAUAUUUGCCCACGACACAAAAAAAUCCAGAGAAUUAUGUUUUGAGAAGGUAGUGGCCAUUAAGUGCUGCAAAAUACUGCAGCUCCGUUUAAAGGAAUAGUACAACAUUUUAGGAAAUACUUGCCUGUAAAUAUUUACCGUACAGACAUGAGAGCGGUAUCAAUCUCAAUAAGCGUAUUUCUUAACUCUUCCUUUCUGAGACCAGUCUACUUUGAUAAAGUGGAGAUAUUCUAAUAUUUUUUUAGAGCAGCUCAUCUGCGAGUAUUUUGGGUUGUCUGCCACCCACAUGAGGCCAAAAUGAGCUCCUGGCUGUUUUGAAGUUGAAGACGACGACGACGACGUUGAUGAUGAUGAUUAUUAUUAUUAUUAGUGAUGCAUUUAAGUCCCAUUCCAAAACGAGACCGCCGCCAUGUGAAAAAUGUGUCACCUAAUCAGUCAAAACAGACGCUGGCAUUAAAAAUAAUGCUCACAGUGUGGAGCAUUCCAGAGAUUAGAUAUCUGAACACAUAGAUCAUUACACACUGUGUCUUUUAAAAUCCUGAUCAUCAAAUAACACCACACACACACACACACACACACACAUUUCCUGUUUAAUGUUUUGGAAUGACUCUCUGUGCUGUAGGUGCAGCAGGGCAGGCAGCCAUUUUUAACUCAGCACCUCGUUUGUCUAUCUUUGUGUCUUCUCCUUGUUGGGACAUUUGCUUGCUUCUUGAGCAGUUCAUAUCUUCCACAGGAGGUGUGAUUUUAAAUAUGAAGAUGAAUACAUGGAAAAAAAUCUGAAGGAAACUCUGAAGUUCCUCAGUCUUUGACUUUUCUCGCCUUCUUUCCAAAUGACAGCGUUGGAAGGUUUGAUUUGUGGUGGUUUUCCAUUCCUUAACGGUUACAAAGCAUCAAGUCGUUCCUUAGUCUCGAUCCAGGACUGUCAUACUGCAUAUCAACGUCCUGCGUCAACAUCUCCAGAAGUUCGGACACUUCAGUCACUGAGCAGCUCUUAAAAUGGGAAGAAUAAAUAAAAAGUCUGAACUCACUGGAUGGAUAUUUUUAUUUGUGGGGAAAAAAUGACAUUAGGUUGCCAGUAAAAGGUCUUUACCGACGUGAAAUCACAGAUGGCGCAGGGUGGCUGUUUCAUUCAGUGGUAUUGUAAUUUCUCGUUAAUUUAAUUGUAAUUUAGCUUCCGGCCACCAGUGGCAGCACUGAGCAGGGGUCCGUUUUACCAAAUUUGCAACACGCAGGCUGGAUGUGGUUUGAACACGACAUAAUUUCCUCUUGUGUUAAUAUCUGUGACCCACGCACGAGCAUGUGGAAGCCCUGCAGGACAAACAGAGUUGCAAAGAUUAGUUUAUUAAUCGAUCAGUUAACUGACAGAAAUUAACCGCCAACUAUUUUGAUUAAAGUCAUUAAUUGCCAUAUUUUACAUUCUCUUGUAUCAGCUUCGCACGUGAAAACGACACAUGUGAAGACGUCACCUUGUGUUUAAGGAGACUGUGAUGGGUAUUUUUCACAGUUUCACAGACCAAACGAUUAUUUGAUUUAUUGAGAAAAUAACUGUCAGGAUUAAUCAGUAAUAGAAAUUAUUGUUAGUUGCAGACCUAAUAAUUUGCGUGCGUCGAAUGCUUUUGCGACCCGGCCCCGCUGCUGCACUCAGUGAGCGAAAAGAAAUCUCGCAGCAUCUUUGAUUUCACGUGGUUUGUGUCGAAUGCAAUGGAGGAGAUCUUUCUCGGUCAGACGAAUUCGUGUGUUUUGGUACUUUACUCUCACGUGACAUAGUUUUUCAUUCUUUUCCUAAGUUUUAUGAGCUUCAGUGACUGAAAUGUGGGGGAGAUACAGGACUGUGAUACAAGCUAGGCAUUUCUCUUGUGACAAUAAUGCACCACUGAGGCUCCGUUAGCUUUUUUUUUUUUUUUUACUUUAAGUUUCUUUUCUCUUUAUGUUCCUGAACAUUGAUGUGCUUUUUGUUUCAGAGGAGACCCGGCCUUCAACCUUCCUCUGAGGGACUGUUAUAAGUCUGAUUGUUCAGCUGUCUGUUGACCUGUAUCAUUCCCUGUGUUCGCUGAGGGUCACAGUGACGCUUUCCGCCCUUAACAGCUGAUCUGGGGUCAGUCAUCGCUAUCAAACUACUACUUUAAAGUGUGGUGAACAUAUGAAUUGGCUGGUCCUGGGUCAGAUGUUAGGGGCAAAUUUGAAACAUAUCCUGUUUUAAGAGGAAAUCUCCAAUAGGAAGUAAUUCCACGUCUUGGUCUAGAAGGAGAAAAGGAGGCGCGGAUAGUAGAGUCAAACCGUGUGAGCCGAUGAUGCAAACAUUUCUGGAAGUAUAAACGAUCUCAUUGGUUGAGAUAAAUCUCAGUGGGCGGAGCAGAAAUUCGAUAAGGAAACACAGAAGAGAAGAGACAAGAAAUCUAAUAUUAUGAACUGUAGUGUCCUGGCAUACCACGCUAGCUGUUAGCUUGUUAGUUUAGCUGGAGUUCAGGCUAGCCAUACUAGCUUGUUGCUAUCUAGGUCAGUCAGUUAGUUAACCUGCUGACCUUCUAACAUCAUGAAUGGCAUUGAUAUGAAGAUAUUAAAAACAUCAUUACAGUUUAUCUAAUUAUUUUUAACUUAGCUAACUAGUCGCUGCAGUGAAAGCUGUGUUUCUUCUCCAGCCAAGGAGGUUUGAAAGAAAGUUUGUGCUCGAUCCUGCAGGUUGAUGGUACUUAAGGAGGACAGUCAUCGCUGGAUUGGCUUUAUGUCGGGCAAUGAACGUAGUAUCUGCAAUUUCUUGUAACUUAUCAGCCAACGCACAGUAUUUGCCGGUACAAGUGUAUCUGUGACGAGAUCAAAUCGGCCGGUAAUAUCGUCCACGCCGGUGUUGAGGUCGGGCUCCAGCUGAGACAAACCUCACUGUCCUGCAACGCUUGUGGAUGGUCGUUCAACAAGCUUACUGCAUGUAACCUUUAAAAAAAAACAGCCAAUCAGAUGCCAUGCGAUUAAAAUGACUACCUUUUUAAAGAGUGGGGAGGUGGGCAAAGCGACUUGUUCUAUAAGUAUUUUUACCGACUGUAACAUGAAUAAUUUAAUGAGACAAGAGGUUAUAUUAUGGUCAUUGGUUAAAAAAUUUAGCUUCUGAAAAAUCGUCACGUUGUUAUGUCGAGUCGCUGUAAAUACAACAGUACCCAUGAGCCUCAGUUUCUUUAGAGAAGACAGCAGCCGGAGUUGUGGCAUGUCGGGAUCGCUUUGUUGUUGCAGUCGGGACCUAACUGUGUAACCGACGUAAAGUUGAACGCAUGCUCUGUUCAGCCAAUGAGAUCAUUCUGGGAUUUGCAUCCGUAACACUGCAUCUGCACACCGGGGAGAGAUUUGGGGAACGUAAGAGUGCAGUCGGUCUUUUCCAUUUGAAUUUGCAUUACAGUUUUCUUAUUCCUCAUGACCACACUUCCCUCUCCUCCUCCUCCUCCUCCUCCUCCUCCUCGGCCUUGGCUGUGCUGAAGAUGAAUAUGUGGGUUUGGGGUUACAGGAGUUAGGUGAUUUGUGUUUUGGGUUACUGAAAUAUUUUUUGUAAUUUUAAUAAGAAUCUGGUGUCAGGAAAUGGAGACCACGUAAAAGCUGGUAUUUGUGGUUUCCGUCUCAGUUCUUAUGUGUAUAUUGGAGGCGCUUGGUUCACAUAUAUAUAAUUUCCUCUUGACAACACGGUCAUCAAGUGCCAAGUACAGUUAUUCUUGCUGGAUAUUAUGUUUGGUCGUCCUUUUUAUGUUUUGUUUAUAGCAUAACUGCCAACCGCUGAUUUAAAUAAAGCAGAGUGAUUUAUAGA